UAUCAGCAUUUAUUUUUCUCGGAAUUUCUUUUCUUUUUGGUUUCGCUUUCUCUUUUAUUUCUCUCUCUUCUCUUCUCUUUUCUUUUUUUGUUUCUGUUUUGAACGCAGGGAAGAAAGAGAGAGGAAAAAAAAGAGAAACACAUUUUCUCAUUUCGUAUUGUGGACUGUGCUCUUUGUUCGGUUGAUUUGAUUGGAGGUCGAAGAAGAAGAGAUUUCCAUCUGAUUCCUUUUUUGCUGGCAUCUUUUUGGAUUUGUUAAUUUCUUAUUUUUUGGUGAAUAAGAUGAAUAUGAUGCGGCGGUUGAAGAGCAUUACUUCCGGCCGCUCCUCCGUUUCAGAUCCUGUUGGGGAUUCUAGCACUAUCAAGAGGGUGAAGGUGGAUCAAGAACUCAAUCAGAGAUUCCCAUGUGGAGUAGAGGCGGUAGAGAACAGUAUGAGGGAUCCGGAGCAGCACAAAGUAGGUGAAGCUGUUGCUAGCACAUCUAGUAGCAAUCAUGAUAGACAUGACAAACCUGGCCACGAUGAGCUUCCCAAGGAGAUUAAUGGUAUGAAAAUCAGAGAUGAUAACGAGGAGAGUGUCAAGGAUGUGGAGCUGACAGUCAUCAGUGGCAAUGGGACAGAAACUGGUCAGAUAAUCGUGACUUCAGUUGGUGGCCGGAAUGGAAAUCCAAAACAGAUGAUGUCUUACAUGGCUGAGCGAGUUGUUGGUACUGGUUCAUUUGGCGUUGUCUAUAAGGCUAAAUGCCUUGAAACGGGUGAAGCCGUGGCUAUAAAGAAGGUGCUUCAGGAUAGGAGAUAUAAGAACAGGGAAUUGCAGGUUAUGCAGUUGCUUAGCCACCCAAACGUUGUGCAGCUGAAGCAUUCCUUCCAUUCUACUACGGAGAAGAAUGAGGUGUACCUUAAUGUUGUUCUCGAGUAUGUACCAGAAACUGUUUAUCGGGCUUCCAGGCACUACAGCAGAGUGAAUCAGCACAUACCUGUCUUUUACGUGCAGCUUUAUGUAUACCAGAUAUGCCGGGCCCUUAAUUACAUUCAUAGAGUUAUUGGAGUCUGUCACAGGGACAUUAAACCACAGAAUCUACUGGUUAAUCCUACCACACAUGAGCUUAAGAUCUGUGAUUUUGGGAGUGCAAAGAUGCUGGUACCCGGUGAACCAAAUAUCUCCUACAUCUGCUCACGGUAUUAUAGGGCUCCCGAGCUCAUCUUUGGAGCUACAGAAUACACAACUGCGAUUGAUAUGUGGUCGGCUGGCUGUGUUAUGGCUGAGUUACUCUUGGGGCAGCCUCUCUUUCCUGGGGAAAGCAGCGUUGGUCAGCUAGUUGAAAUAAUCAAGGUUUUGGGAACUCCAACGAGGGAGGAAAUCAAAUGCAUGAACCGAAACUACACAGAGUUCAAUUUUCCUCAGAUUAAAGCCCACCCAUGGCACAAGGUAUUUAACAGGAGAAUGCCAGCUGAGGCAAUGGAUUUGGUGUCGAGGCUCCUCCAAUAUUCCCCAACUUUACGUUUCACAGCUUUGGAGGCUUGUGCACACCCUUUCUUUGAUGAGUUGAGAGCACCGAGCGCGUCCUUACCAAACGGGCGACCACUGCCUCCUCUAUUCAACUUCUCACCAGAAGAGCUGGCUGGUGCACCUUGCGAGCUGCUGCAACGGCUCAUUCCAGAACAUUCCAGGAAGCAAACUUCAUGAAACCGGGAAAACUAAGGAGAAGAGAUUGGUGAUGUAGAAAUUGGAGUUCAUCGAGUGGAUGACAAGACGGUUCUGAUGAAGCACGAUGAAUAGCUGCUCGGAAAUCCUCCUUAAACGGUGCUGACUGCUUUGUACAUGUGGAUGCUUGCAAACCAGAGAUGGUUUUAUUAAGGGUAAACUGCUUUAAAAGUCAUGAUCUUUUGCCAAAUUCCGGUUUUUUCCAUGAACUAAAAAAUUGGCGUGUAAUGUCACGAACUUUAUAAUCCGUCGCCGUUUUCCCAUGGCGGAUUUUCCGACUAUGAAGCUAGCUGACGUGUCUUUUUCAGCUGAUGCGACUGCUAAGUGUGUGUUGAGUGGAUGACGUGGAUGACAAAUUUUAAGUUGACUUUGCCAUAUCAUCAACCUACCGCUCCUCCCUACUCUCUUCCUCUUCCUCUUCCACCAAACCCUCCUCCCUUGCCACCACCACCACCACCACCUAGCCCUCCACUAGAACCUCCCCUAGCCCACCGCCGCCACCAGCCCACCACUAGAACCUCCCACAAGUCCACCACCAGCUCCGCCCCCUCCACCAGCACCACCCCCAAAGUCCACCGUCGCCGCCAAGGCCACCUCCAUCACCAAGCCCUCAGCCUCCACCAAGGCCGCCGCCACCAAACGUGUCCUUCUCAAGCCUCCUACCAUCAGCAAUCUGCAAAGCAAACAACCCCACCAACAACAUCAGAGCAGCGAAGCUUUCCUUUUUCCGACACCCUCUUUCCCGUUUCUCACUUUCUUCAAAUUCUGGCAGCGAAGCUUCCUCCGCCGGCGACAGAGGCAGCUUCAGAGUUGGAUUCAUCAAAUCCAAAUCUUUGUAAAAUCUCUUGCUCAAUCUCCCCUCCCUCAAAGCUGCACUCUCGCUCACCACCCUCUUCGCAACCACCUCCUCUAGCGGUGCCGCCACCGGUUCUGCCGGAAAAUUUUCACCACCACAAUGGGUCUACACAUGAUACGACGUCAUUUUAAUUGUUGAAAACGCCAUCAUUUUAUGAAUUUUCGGCGAUCUCCACGUCAUCUUUCAGGCUUGCCACGUAAGCUAGUUUUCAACCGGAAAACUACAGGGUCGGGUCAAAUGGGAAAUACCAGCAACCCGGUAAGUUUGUGACAUUACACGCUAAUUUUUUAGUUCGUGGGAAAAAUAAGAAUUUAGCAAAAGUUCGUGACUUUUAAGGCAGUUUACCAUUUUAUUAAUCUAUCUCUCUUGUAUUUAGUUCUUUUUUAUCAAAUGUUUGUUCCUAUUAAAAGAAUGAGAUUCCCUUUU